GGGGAGGGCGCAUGCGCGAAGGAGUUGCCCUGGUGCUGGAUUGGAAAUAGGCUUUAAAAAAAAUCCCAGCAGCGAAAAAAACCAGCAAGAGAGGGAAAUGAGGGGAGAGUCUUCUGCAAACCUGACGUAGGAGAAGGUGGAAGAUAGUGUACAAGGCAGCCAUUAUUGGAGAAGACCUGUUUGGGUAGUCAUUUGGAUGCUAUCCAGUUAUGUUCAGUGAUAUGUGAUGGAACAUUUUGAAUGAAACAAACAGUCUACAACAAAAAAGGAAGCUGGCUGUUCCAUCUCUAAUUCCGACUUGACCUGAGGAUGCUUUGUCUCUUAAAAAAUGUACAAGAGAAGACAAAAAUGGAAGAUUUGUCGAGACCUUUGGUGGUGCUAAAUGUGCAGUAGCCCAUUGUUUUAACCGUGAUGAUAUACUAAAAUUCCAAGUUUUGGCGUUGUGGGUUUGCAUGGCAAAGUAACCGUGGAGAAGCCAGGCUAUCACAAACUUAUGGAUUUUGAUAAGAGAGGGGGGAGGGGGGAAGCAGAAGAAACAAAGAGAAUGUCAAAGUCUGGUGGACGGGGAACCAACUGCGGCCGGAGUACGGGGACCAGUUCUGGAGUCUUAAUGGUGGGUCCCAACUUCCGAGUGGGAAAGAAGAUUGGAUGUGGGAAUUUUGGAGAGCUUCGUUUAGGAAAGAAUUUGUACACGAAUGAAUAUGUGGCCAUCAAACUGGAACCUAUAAAAUCCAGGGCUCCACAACUUCAUUUGGAGUAUAGAUUCUACAAACAACUGGGAAAUGCAGAGGGAAUACCUCAGGUUUACUAUUUUGGGCCUUGUGGAAAGUACAAUGCCAUGGUACUAGAAUUGCUGGGACCUAGCUUGGAGGAUUUAUUUGAUCUUUGUGAUCGAACAUUUUCCAUUAAAACUGUAUUAAUGAUAGCUAUACAGCUGAUUACGCGAAUGGAAUUUGUACACAGUAAAAGUUUGAUAUACAGAGAUGUUAAACCAGAGAAUUUCUUAGUGGGCCGACCAGGGAGCAAGCGACAACAUACCAUUCACAUCAUAGACUUUGGCCUCGCCAAAGAAUACAUAGAUCCAGAGACCAAAAAGCACAUCCCAUACCGAGAGCACAAGAGUUUAACUGGGACAGCACGAUAUAUGAGCAUUAACACGCACCUAGGCAAAGAACAAAGUCGGAGGGAUGACCUUGAAGCAUUAGGUCACAUGUUUAUGUACUUCCUGCGUGGUAGUUUGCCUUGGCAAGGUCUAAAGGCCGACACUUUAAAAGAAAGAUAUCAGAAAAUAGGCGACACCAAACGAGCUACCCCAAUUGAAGUCUUAUGUGACAAUUUCCCAGAAGAAAUGGCAACGUACCUCCGCUAUGUACGAAGGCUUGAUUUUUUUGAAAAACCAGACUAUGAAUACCUGAGAAAACUCUUCACAGAUCUGUUCGAUAAAAAUGGCUUUGUGUUUGAUUAUGAAUAUGAUUGGGUUGGCAAGCCAUUACCAACUCCAAUUGGUUCAAUCCACGCUGACAUACCACUCUCACCACCCAAUCGAGAUAAAGCACCGCAACAAACCAAAACAGAAAUGAUUGAGAGCCCUGUUAAUUACGAUGGAGGCAUGAUGAAGGACAAACAAAAAUACCUUGGAAGCGCUGGUGCAGAAGAUGUCUUCAGAACAAAUACUAUGGAGCUGAAGAAACAGAGAAUGAAAUACAGUCUGUACAGGAAGCAGGCUUUCAGUGGCUAUUAUCUAAAUUUUAUUUUUUUGAAUCCAUUCAAAAUGCAUUGGAAAUUCCUGCUGAUCCAGUUCUGUUUCCAGUUGAUCCUAAGUGGCUAUUACUAUCAAAGGUUGUUUCUUCCUUGCUCUUUGGCAGAUCGAAAUGGAGCAUGGGAACCUCAUACCAGCUGCCAGCCCAGUGCUCAUCAUUUGGGAACACAUCUAGCAUCAGACAGGCUUGGCGGUUCUGUACAGGUUGUGAGCUCAACAAAUGGAGAGCUUAACACAGAUGACCCCACGGCAGGACACUCCAAUGCGCCCAUCACAGCUCCAGCAGAGAUUGAAGUGGCAGAUGAUACCAAGUGCUGUUGUUUCUUCAAGAGACGGAAGAGGAAAACUAUUCAACGCCAUAAGUGACUCUGGAAACUGCUGUGAGAUUUACACGUGUGCUCUGCAACUUUCCAAUCAUAGAUUCAGAAAUCCAUCCUUUUGUGGCAGGCUGUUGUCUAAGAUCAUGACUAUUUUGCCCAGCAUUUUGGGCUUCUGACAUUGGCACUCUCUUCUGCUGUGAAAUUCAUACUGGUGGACUUACAAAUACACCAUGCAAAGUUUUUACUUCCUUUUCUGUGGGAAUCCACAAAAACAUUGUCUUUGAAAUAAACACCUGAAAUCUGCAUUAAGUAGGAUUAUUUCUCUGUGGGAACAAGGCAAAAUUCAGUUGAAGUUUUAAAGUUUCAGAAAGGAAGAGAAAAGAUAGCAGUUACUUCAAGUCUUGUGAGGCUGUUGAUGUACUCUGAAACUCGGCUCAAGACAUCCAUCAUCCAUCUCCAGUGUUAUGUAAUUGCAAGUCAUACAGUUCUGUUUUCCUUUAUUUUCCACCUUUUUUUUGUUCAGCGUGAAUGCGUGGUGUAGUCACUGUUGUUGGGUACUGUUGGGGUGAGGAAAUGCACAGAAUGCUUUCCACAUCCUUAAUUGCACUUUCGAUAUCAGUAUGUAAGAGCUUUUGGGUCUGAUUGUGCAAAAACUGUUUCUACAUACCUUUUUUUUUAAGGGAAUACAAAAGCGGUAGGAAACUUAGCAUGUUUUUAAUUGUAAUAAUGACAGUAUAACGUUCGCAAAAUGUAAACUGGGUAGAAGUAGUACCUGGUAACUCACAGAAGAAAAAUUUUGUUCAAAUUCAGACCUGGUUAGUUUAUGAUUCAGGUAGCAGAGGGCUGUAUAAAUGAACAGGAGGUGGUCAGCGACAGAAUUUCAGCAGCCGUACUAUUUCCAUAGCAUGUGAUGAAAGGCCACACCAGGCACAGUGAAGUGAAUGGGCCUUGCUGCAAAGGCAUCAAUUACGUUCGGUUUAGGCAAAGCAACCAAGUUAAUAGGGGAUUUUUUUUUUGUCUAAUUGAAGGCUUUUUCAUUGUCCUGUCAGAUAAGACAUCAGCACUCAAAUUUUGUUAUUUGAAUUAAAAGGACGUAUGGUGAAUUUUUGGAAAGACCUCAAAUCAAAUCAUUUUGGCAUUUACAAGGCUGCUGCAACACAUUUUGAAAGGCUUCUUGACAAAAAUCUCAAGUUAGUUCAGAUUGUUAAGCAAACAGUAGGUAAAAGGUGCUGAGAGUUGGUAAAAUUUUUAUUCUGAGCAACAGCAAUGCAGAAGAGGAGUAGGUUUCUGUAAGUCAUUGAUUCCAUCAGGCUUUUCGGACACCAAGGAAAGUUCUUCAGGUUUCAUAAACUGUGUUGGAAAGCCAACGAUAUAAUCAGUGAGAAAGUACCUCAAUUUCUGAAUUAGAAGCCACAGCUCUUAGGGUCUCAUUUGGGACAGAAAUUAAUUUGAAGUAAAUUUUGAUUUCAGAGGCAACUCCUUGCGUUAUCGAUUGCUUUUAUUGUGCUGUAAGCUAUUCAUUUAGCCACAAUUUUUUUGGUGUUGAACCACAAUGAUUUUAUGCACAAUUUUAUUUAGAAAAUCAAUUGUUUUUACUUCGAAGUAGAUUUCGUUUAAAUCUUGUAUCAUUUUAGAAGCCUCUUUCUCCCUUUUUAUUCUAUGGCUGCCGGUUUUUCCUCAGGAAAUUAGGGUACUUAAAAUGGACCCCUGACAAGAUUGUUGUUACCAAUUAUCCAUCCCAAUAGAUUCUUGACAUCAAAAAGUAUAAGGAAAACUUGGAUUAUAAACCUCUACCUAGAGCGAACCACUUGUAUCCUGCACGUAACUAAGCCUAUAGGUUAAGUCCUUUUGAAGUUGCUUCUGUUGGUGCAGUACCUAGCAAGAGGUCCACUUCUGGUGCGCACAAACACUGAUCCACAACCAUGUUCAACAUUUUCUUUGUGUAACCUUCAAUUUUUAGUUGGUUAAUUUUUUUGAAUGCUUAAGUAUUGUUGUGGAUAGUGUCCAUUUGCCUAUGAGCUCUCAGGAGGGGCAACACCAGAACAGAAGGGUGAAAAUGUUUCCUCUGAGCCUUAGUUACCAGAUCUGCAAGGUAAACAUUUUGAUAAACAUGCUUCCUAAUAUAUUAAUCAGGAACUACAGUACUGUAUGUUAUGGUUUAUGUAUGGACUUAAAAAAAAAAGUAAUUUUUUUUUCAUUUAAGGUUCUUUUUGAGGUAUCUUUGACUGUUCAGAGGGUUAGUUUGGCCAGUGUGGUUACAGGAGUGCCUAGUCUUUUUCACAUGUAAUAACACAAAGAUAUUUGUGUGGAAAUCAUGGUUAUUGUACUUUAAAUGUUAGGCUUUGUGUUCACAAAUCUUGUGGACUACAGCAUUUUUGUUUCCAGAAAUUUGAGAAUUCAAUACAUCAGAGGUAUGUAGGAUUGCCCUAGGUGAGGUUAGUAUUGCACAUUUGUACUUUCAAUAAGUGAUCACUCCUGAAGUUUUUAAAAACUAGUUUCACAGAUGGAUUUAUAGACCUGUCCUGAGAGAAGGUAGAACUGAUUUUGCAACUGCCUAAAACGUGCACUUUUCCUAUUGGUGAUUGUGGUUCAGCAUGGCCAAAAUUUUAAUUUCCUUUGGACAGAAAAUGAUGGAAUCAAGCACUGAAUCCAGACUAUCUUUAAAAAAAAAAUCCGAAUGCUUGGUGGGCUGUUGACAGUCAUACCUUAUUUUAAUACUUAUUGCUGUAAAUAGACUUUCAGAAAUUUAUGUGAGCAGAUUAAACUGCUAGAAAUGACCGAUAGUUUGACUGUGAAUCAUCUCUAUUUCCACAAAUAGAAGGAGGAGUCGCAAGACGUCACAGUAGUGCAGUGGUAAGACCAACAUGCUGAGCAAUGUUUUGCAAAGUUCAUCUGCUGCCUUUUCUGAUAGGAUGGGUCUGUCCUUGGCUGGAAAGCAAUUAUGAUAAAUGCGAUUAUUGUGAUGAUUAAAAUGUAUAUUGAUGUUUAGGUUCUGAUUUUUUUUUGUUACCUUUUUGUGCUAAACAUUCACUCAGAAUGACACCGUACAUGAAAAUGUUGAACUAUGCAUUCUGAAACCUGUCCAAUAAUUUAACACUUGACACAAAAUGGUCCCUAUCCACAACAAGCACAUGAGCAAUUUUAUUAUGCUGUCAUUAAUUCUGGUGACUGUAAUACGUGAAAAGAACCAAAUAAAGGGAGUACAAGCAAUUCA